AUGCGUUCGUCAACCCUCUUCAGGGCCAGCUUGCUGGCUGGCGCGUCGAGAUGGACCGUCGCAAAUGGGGCGACCUUGAUGUCCAAGACCAUAGCACUACCGGCAUCUGUCCAUAUGUUGAACAUCCCCGCGGACGACACAACCAUGACGCUGCAGGUCGGGCUCAAGCUCCAAAACAUCGAAGGGCUGGAGGAGAAGCUCAAGGCAGUAUCAACACCGGGGAGCCCUGACUACGGCAAGUACUUGGACGCGGACGAAGUCAACCAGCUGUUCAGUCCCUCAGAAGCCUCCCGGGCUGCUGUCAUGGCCUGGCUGAAGGAUGCCGGUGUCACUGAAUUCGCCGACUUCGGCUGGUACAUCAACUUCGCCACGACCGUGUCUAAGGCAAACUCAAUGUUGACCUCUUCGUUCAAAAACUUCAUGGUUGAUGGUGUCGAGAAACUAAGGACUCUCGAGUACUCCGUGCCCGACGAACUGGUGGAGCAUAUCGACCUGGUCUCUCCCACCACCUUCUUCGGGAGGACAAAGGCACAUAUGCCCAUCAGCAGGGAAGGCUUGCCGCGAGUAUUGGGAGUCCGUCAGUCUUCUAACACGUCGCUGAACUGCGCGAGGCUCACGGAGCCGGGCUGCCUGGAGGAGAUGUACAACUACGGAGACUACAAGGAGGACGCAACGUCCGGUAGCCGGGUCGGAUUCGGCAGCUUCCUGAACCAGUCGGCUAUCCAGACCGACUUGACCCUCUAUCAAAAGGCCUAUGAGCUACCUCUGAACAACUUUUCCGUUGUGCUCAUCAAUGGGGGAGAGGACCACCAGGACCCGAAGCGCGAUUAUGGCGAGGCGAAUCUUGACUCGCAGUUCAUGGCUGCGGUUGCAAAGACCCUACCAAUUACCGAGUUCAUCACGGCCGGGAAACCGCCUUUCGUCCCGAACCCGGACGUGCCAGACGACGAAAACAAUACGAACGAGCCAUAUCUCGAGUAUUACCAAUUCUUGAUGAACCAGACGAAUGCAGAUCUUCCACAAGUCAUCUCCAAUUCAUACGGAGACGACGAACAGACUGUUCCCAAGGAGUACGCCAUCCGCGUCUGCAAUCUCAUUGGCAUGAUGGGUCUGAGAGGAAUCACAGUCAUCGAGUCGUCUGGCGACACGGGCGUCGGUGCACCCUGCCAGUCCAACGACGGCAAGGAAACGCCCGAGUUCACACCCCAGUUCCCCGGAACGUGCCCGUACAUCACAGCCGUGGGCGGCACGCAAGGCUACGCCCCCGAGGUUGCCUGGUCCGCGAGCUCGGGCGGCUUCAGCAACUACUUCCCGCAGGCCUGGUACCAGAAGGACGCCGUGGCGAAGUAUCUCGACGAGCACAUCGAGCCCGAGACCAAGGAGUACUACUCCCAGUAUACCAACUUCUCCGGCCGCGGGUUCCCCGACAUCUCGGCCCACAGUCUGUCGCCUCCAUACCUCUUCUUCGCCGGCGGCGCCGUCGCCUACACGGGCGGCACGUCCGCCGCGGCGCCCGUCGUGGCGGGGCUGAUCGGCCUGCUCAACGACGCGCGCCUGCGGGCGGGUCACCCGGCGAUGGGGUUCAUCAACCCAUGGCUGUACGCGGGCGGGCAGGCGGCGCUGACGGACGUGACGGGCGGGCAGGCGCUCGGGUGCACGGGCGUCAACCUGCAGACGGGCUCGCCCAUCGACGGGUCCGUCAUCCCGUGGGCGAGCUGGAACGGCACCGUGGGGUGGGACCCGGCCACGGGGCUGGGGAUGCCGAACCUGGUGGCUAUGUUGGAGGGGGCGCUGGCGUUGGUGGAGUAG